AUGGCACCAGCGGCCUCGUCUCCCUCUGCAUCUCACUUCAAUGAACCCUUUAUAUCGGCCCUCGAUGCCGCUGCACCCAGCAAUGCAAGUGACGAUCCAAGUUACUAUGCCCGGUAUCCCCGGUCUCUCAUCACUACCUCGAAUAUCGACACAUUCAUGACCGGGACCGGAUCAUCCAUCUAUGAAUCUCUUGCUCCCAUUCUCGAGGCAGCCGACCACGAGCUCAUUCUCGUAACCUGUUUCUGGGCCCGAUCAGCCAGCUUGGACACUCUCAAUAGCGUGCUAAGAAAACUAUCAACCAAAGCCGUAAUACGAGGAACACACAAAAUCAGAGUCCGACUUUGUUUUUCCUCUAGCUCCAUAUUCCAGAAACUCUUCCACAACCAAGGCGUCACAGGCCAAACAUACCCACCCUCAACAUGGGUAAAGAAGCUCGGCCUCCCGGACCCUUCAGAACUCCACGGCCUAAACCUGGAAAUCAAAUCCAUCUUCCUCCUCCCCUUUAGCGUCAUGCACCCCAAAUUCAUCAUCGUCGACCGCAAAACCGCAAUCUUGCCCAGCUGCAACAUAAGCUGGGAAGAAUGGUUCGAAGGCGCCAUCACCCUCACCGGCCCCAUCGUCACGCAAUUCCUAAAAUUCUACCGCUCAUUCUGGGAACGCAAAACAGACGACCCUUCCCCCCUCCCGUCUUCCUCCUCCUCUUCCACCUCAUCAGACACUCCUCUCCACCUCCCCCAGCCCAAACAACUCCCCACUUUAAAAUCCCACGUAACCCUCUCGGCCUCCCAAACCCCAACAAUCUUCCUCCCCAGCCCCCACCACCGCAACCCAACCUUCUCCCCCUUGACCUCUUCAAAAACCCUCCAAGCCCCACCGACACCCUUGAACCUCUUCGUCCUCACCUUGUUCUCAAAAGCGGAACGCAAAAUCACCAUUCAAACACCAAACCUCACCUCCCCACCCGUUCUCUCCGCUCUCCUCCGCGCACUCGCCCGCGGCAUCGAUGUCAAGAUCUUGACUUCCAAGCGCCUCAUGAUCCUCGAGCAGCUGGUCACUGCGGGGACGACGACGGCGCGGUGCGUGCGCAAGUUGAUACGAAAGUACCGUGCAUUGUCGUCUGAGCGUCAGGGCUUGAUCGAUGAGGAGUCGGCGAUUGCGAGUCCACACCCAGGGAGGCUGGUGGUGUCGUAUUGGACGCCACUUGGUGGGAGAAAGGCGAGAGGGGAGGAAGGAGGAGAGGCGCAGCAGUCGCAUUUUAAAAUGGUGAGCGUGGAUGACGAGGUCGUGGUACUUGGGUCUGGCAAUCUGGAUCGCGCGAGUUGGUUUACGAGUCAAGAGCUGGGUGUUGCGUUUUUCGGGAAGGAGGUUGUCAGUGGGAUUUUGGGGGCCGUGGAGGCGGGCGGGAGGGGGAGGGGGAAGGUGGUGUUUGAUAGUGGUGUUGAGUAG